CAUUCGUUAAUUUUGCAAAUUCAUGGAAUCAACUGAUCCCAUAUAUUAAUAGAUAUAAAUGCCUUGCUCUUCCACAACCAAUGCCAAAAAUGCAUGACAAUAUUUCUGUUGUUUUUGGAUUAUUGGAACCAAUUAAUGAGAGUUUGUUUUUAUGUGCAGCUAUAGACUUCUUGGUACAGCUUCAAAAUGAUUUCCUUAAUGAAGUUAUUGGAAUUCCUUCAAAAUGCCAGUCCUUAAAAUUUCUUGAAAAAAUAGACUUUCAAGAUACUGAUGAACGACCCAUUCAAUCUACAUAUCAUUUAAAGUCAAUUACUCUCGAUAAUGCAAGACCAGAGCAUAUUGUCUUCUAUGAAGGAAAUUCCAAGAUAUUUAGAUUUAGUCAAUUUGAUUUGAGAAUUGGUCAUGGCCGUGAGAUCCAGUAUGAUUUACGUAAGAUUGAAGCCGAAUUAGCAUUAGAGUUAGUUCACAAAAAAGCAUUGAUUAGACCCGAUGAACAAGGAUUAUACUUAGAACCUUUUGUAUAUCAUAGAGAAAUGUUUUCUAGAUCUAUGACAAUUUUGAGUGAAAUUAAAAACUUAAUACCUCAAGAACAUAUUCCUGAAGAUAAGAAAGUAAUAUUGAUGGGAACUUAUUCUAAUAAUAAAAAUUCUGGAGGAGAAAGAUCUUCCGGAUCAGUAUUUUCAUUAGAAAAUCCAAAAGAAUUACUUUCAACCUUGGAAAUAAUAAUUAGUUUUCUAAAACGUAUGCCUGGAGGCGAUCAUGACAUAUUAAUCACAGAUUACAUUGAAAGUUGGGUGAAGUUAGCUAUAUUAAAAGAAAACCAGAAUAGUUGUAAACUAUUGUUAAAAACUGGUUUACAACUUAAGCAUAUAGUAGCAUUAUAUGAAUUAAUAGAAGAUCAUGUAACUGACGUGGUUGAUACUUAUGUUUCUCAACAAUAUCAAGAAAAACUUGAUUAUUCAUUGCAACAUAGUAUUUUAGAUACAGUUGACUUUGAAUCACUAGAACAAGGAAAGCGAAUCCAAAAUACCAAAUUAACUAAAAGUUUGUGUAUUCCAGCUAAAAUAUUUGCUAUAGCAUUAAAAAGAUUUAUUAUAAGAUAUUUGACUAAUAAUGAGAGUAUUGUUAAAACAGAAUAUUUGAAGUAUUAUUUGGUAGAAGAUGAAGGUCUCGAAUGUUGGCCUGAUUGGGUAGAUAAAGCUGUCAUUAAAAAUAAAUUUCCUUCAUCUUUACGGAUUUCACAUACAUUUGCUACUUAUGAAUUUUUAAAAGAAAAAACUAUUGAG